AUGUCUAUCGCGUCACAACUAAAUGCCUUUGUUCCUACUGUUAAUACCUCUCAUAUUGUAUCUUUUAUCUAUGAUAAUAAUAAAGCUAAAUUUAUUGAUAGAUAUACAUUACAUAGAGGUGCAUUAGACUCACUAAAUCAUUUAUUUAAAAACCACGAAUUGUUAAGUGAAUGGAAAGCAUCAUUAUUUGGAGAUGAAUCAGAACAGUGUAAUAGAGACAUGUUAACGGAUAGUCAAAAUAAAGAAUUAUCAAAAAAAAUAUCAAACUUCUUACCUUAUUUAAGUCAACACUUCUUAAAUCCAGAAUGUGGACCAAUUAUUGAAUAUAUGAUUCGUGUUUAUUCUAUUAAUACAGUUGGUGCUAAUGAGUUAAUUCUUUCAUUCUUAUCUCAUUAUCAGAAUCCAUUAUUUAUUCGUUUAUUGUCUUUAUCUAAACCAACAAUAUUUACUAAUUUUAUUAAUUUAGAUAGAAUUAGUAGAAGAGAUUUUGUUAUUCAUUUAACUCAAUUCCCAACUACACUUUCUACUUUAAUUAAUUUUUAUAUUGAUCAUCCUAUUCUUAUUCAUAAUGCUCGUUAUAGUACUUUUAUUUGUACUUUAUUAAUUAGUAUUGCUCAACAACAAAUUAUAUCUGAAGUUGUUUUAACUACAUUACUUUCAGUUGUUCUUCAAUUAAUUAAAUCAGAUUCACCAAAGCUUACAGUUGUUGCACUUUCAUUAUCUGCCCAAAUUCUUUCAGUUCAUACUUUGUCUGAAUCGAAAUUUUCUUCAUUAUUAUUAGUCCUUCAUAAAUAUACUGCAACUUCACAUCCAAGUCAAUUUAUUUCAGUUUUAUGUAUUGGAUGUAAAUAUCAAUAUUCAAUGAAAAUAUUCCCACAACAAAUUCAGACAUUUUUAUUAAAUUCAGUUCAAAUGGUAGUUUCUACUUUAAUAGCUUUAUCUAAGAAGAAGUGUGACUUAGGAGAUUUUGUUUUACUUUGUCUUCAAACAUUAAAUAAAGAUUCAAUCUCAUCAAAGAAAUAUACAGAAUUAUUUGGUCCUAUUGUUAACAAUAUUCAAUUAAAUGAAAGACAUCUUAUUAUUAUUGUUAAACACAUUUUUGAUGUAAGUAAAAGUGUUAAUAAAGGAAAAAUUAAUUAUGAAUACUUUAAUCUUCUUAAUAACUUAGAUAGUAAAUAUCCACAAGAGUUUUCUGUUGCUAUUAAUGAAUAUUUUAAACAACCUGAUGUUUCUAAUGUUGAAUUAGCCAACCAGUUAAAAGAAAUAUUAAAUUCUUCAAUGAACAUGCCAUUGUUUGAAGGGUAUAGUUAUAUUGGAACUAUUGCUACAGUAAAGAAAACAGGACUAAUUACAAAUGCAACAAUAGCCCAAAUUAUGACUGCACUAAAAAAAUCAGGUGAACAAUUUGCUGAAGUAAAAUCAGUAUUGGUUCAAUUAUUUAAUACACCAAUUAAACAUUCAUUUUAUAUUGAAUUAUUCAAUGAAGAUAAUUAUGAAAAAUUAAUUCCAGUUGUAUCAGCAGAAAUAGUAUGUGAACAUUUAUGUAAGUUUUGUAAAUUAUUACCAAUAGAGGUAAAUGAAGUAAUGAUAAAAUACUUAUCAAAAUUAGAAGUUCCAAGAAAAUGGUUAAAUGAAUUAUAUGGUAUAUUUAUUCCUGAAAGAGAUAACGUUUUACAAACAUUAUAUAUUCUUGAUUUAUAUCUUAAAUACUUUUCAAAACUAGAAGAUUUAUUUAUUUUAAAAGAUAUUUAUGAAUCAAUUGGAAGUCAAUUGGAAUCAACACUUUCUAAAACUGAUAUUACUUUUAGCGAAUUAAAUUCGUUAUACAAUACUAUCAUAAUUAUUUUUGGUCAAUAUAUGGAAGUAAAUAAAUUAAAAGAAUUAGAAUGUAAUAAAAAGAGUUGUGAAUUUUUAUUAUCUGUAUUAUUAUCAUUAUAUAGACAAAAUCCUACAAUUAGAAUUAAAACUUUAAUGAUUGAAAUAUUAGUUUUGUUAUUUGAUACAAUCCAAUUUAAAAACCUUGGAUAUAAAAAUAAUAUUUCAUAUAAUGAAAUGUUAACUAAUAUACUCAUUGACUCUCUUAAAGAACAAAGUAAUUAUAAUUCAUGUAUUACAAGUUUAUUUGUUGAAUUAGUUCAAGGAGAUUGUUUCCAAUAUAUUGAAUAUCUUAAAUUAUUACCAUUUAAUAUUGCUUUAAAUUCUUACAAUAAAAGUGAAAAAACUAAAGAAGAAACUCUUAAAGGAUUAAUUGGAACUACUCAUUACAUUUCAUUUUUAAAUACAAUUAAAUCUACUUUAUCAGAAAAGGAAAAAUCAAUUAUUAUUCAACAACAUUUUAUUUUUGUGAUUAAAGAAUUAAUGAAAGAAAGUUCAAAAGAAAGAACGUAUGGGUUUGAUUGUUUAAAUGAAAUUGGUAAACUUGCAAAAGGAUAUAAAGAAAAUAAUAUUAUAAUAGGAGGAAAUAAAGUAUUAAAAUCUGAAUAUUAUUUGAAUUAUAUUACUGCUAUACAACAAUCAAAAAUUGAAUUAACUUCAUCAAGUAAUUUUAUUACAACAUUUAAUAAUGUUUAUUUGAAUAAAAUUAAUGAAAAAUAUAGAGGGUUAUUUGUUGAUCAUGUUAUUGAUGUAAUUAAUAAAGACCAUUUAUUAUCAUCACAAGAAAAAAUGAAAGUAUUAAUGUCAUUUGGAAUGAGAAGUAUUGAUAAUAUUAUUGGAACAAUGAAUAUGUUAAAUGACUCUGAUGAAUUGUAUGAUAGUCAAUUUGAACAAAAAGUAUUAAGUGAAGUAAUAAAGUCAAUUGUACAAACUAAAUAUGUUGGGGCAUUUGUUGGAAAUAAACAAUUAUUUGAUACCUUUAAAGAAAUUAUUCAAAUGAGUAAUGGUGAAAAUGUGGUAUUAAUUUCUUCAUUAAUGAAUGAAGAAAUGUGGGGAAUGAUGGAUGAUAUUCAUCAAGAAGAAUUCCUUAGAAUAUUAUCUGUAGAACACAAAGAUAAAAGAUCACAAGUCAUCAAUAGAUUAAAUAAAAUGCUUAAGAUAACUCCAUUUGAUUUAGUUAACAAAAUUGUCAUGAAAAUUAUAACAAUGAUCAAUACAAAAGAGUCACUUCAAAAUAAACAAUUAAAGAAAUUACCAUCUGUUGUUAUAGAAACAACACUAAAUGAAAGUAAUGACAAAAAAAUGGAAGAAGAAAUUAUUGAAAAUAAUAACCAAGGAAAAGAAGAUGAAAGCAUUAUGAAUGAAUUACAAUUUAUGGUAUUUGUUUUUGAAUCCUUCUUUAAAGUACAUAAGGGUUCAUUAAAUAAUAUUAACUUUGAAGAUAAUGAAUUUAAUAAAACAUUUAGUGAGAGUAUUAAAAAUAUUUCUCAAUUAAUACAAACCACUAUUAAAUUACCACAGUGCUAUCAUACAGACUAUCUUAUUAAUAUUGAAAUGAAUAGUUUAAUAUAUACAGUUGGAUUUGUUUCAAAGUAUCUCACAUUUAUUUCUACAGCUAAACCUAUUGAACAACCAAGGAAAAAAGGAACUAUUAUUGUAAGAUCAAAACAUGAUACAUUCCAAAAUAAAAUUAAAAAAAUGACUGAAGAUCUCGCAUCAAGUAUUCAAGUUUUAACUGUUAUAGAUGUUAUUUAUGAAGUUAUUGAAACAUUUGGAAUGACUCCAGCAAUUUAUAAUGGAGCUAUUACACUAUUAUCACAAAUGAUUGCAUUAUUCCCAACAUUAUUUGUUGAACAUUCAGAUAGGUUUGUCAGAGCUUUAUCUAAAGAAGAAAUUGUUGGAAUUGUUGUGCAAAAAUUAAUUCCACAUGUAAUAUCUUCUAUUAGCUCAGCACAAGGACUUCCAGCUACAUCAAUCGUUGAAUUAUUAUCAAUGAUUGUUGAUAAUUAUAAUCAAUUACCAUAUCAUAGAAGAAGGGAAAUCUUUUUACAAUUAUUUAAAGAAAGUAAAUUAUCAGAAGAACAUCUUUCUGGAGUGAUAGUCUUAUUGAUAGAAAAUGAAGCAGAUAACGUUUUACCAUUUAUUUAUGAUGUUUUUAGAGAAUUAAAUAAUGACAAAGUAAUUAAAUUACUUGCUUGUAUUAUUGAAGAUGCUUGUCAAUUAUUACAAGAAAAUAGGGAAGGUAUAUUUGCUGGAUAUCAAUUAAAAAUAACAAAGAAAAACGAAGUAGCACAUUUAUGUAUUGAUUUUGUCAAUGGACAAAUUACUAAAAGAGAAUUUAUUGCUAAGUGUAUGAAAACUACUGAAGAUGUUAAUAUUCAACAAAAUUAUACUAUUCUUUUCAAACAAGUUAUUGAAAUGUUAAAUAAAUUUGAUUGUACUGAUGAAAAUGAUUCUAAUACUAUUGUUGCAGAUAAAUUACAUGAUAUGGUAGAUAAUAUUUCUGAUUUGUUUAGUAUAACUACACUCAUUCGAGCUGUUGUUUUCUUAUUAAAACAAUCAAGUAUUCGUGUUAAAAGAACUGCUUUACUUAUUUUAAAUCAAAAAUUAACUGCAUUAACACCAGAAGAAAUGAGUAUGUAUGAAGCAAGUUUCUUAAAUGCUGAAAAUGGACUUAUUCAUGUAGUUAUUAAAAUUCUUGAAAAUGUAGAUAAAUUAAAUCCAAGUAGUGUAGACAAUGAUGCAGAACAAGCAACUAUUCAAACAGGAGUUUUAUUAUUAGAAAUCUUAUUAAGAUUUUAUGGAGCACAACAUACUUCUAUAUUUAUGGACCUAUUAAAUUAUGUAUUAAAAUGUAUUCAAAUUAAAGACACUCUCAAAAAUAUUAAGAUUGUUGCUUCUGCUUUAUUAUGUCUUAGUAUAUAUGCUGCCGAAUUAAAAACAUCAUUGAUGCCACAAUUACCACAAUUAAUUCCAAUGUUCUUUGACUUAUUGCCACAUGGUGGAGAUGAAGAUAGUGUGAAUAGUUUAAUUAACUCAGUAAUAUCUUGUAUGAUGAGUUUUACUAAAUCAUAUGGAAAUAUUGUACAUCCAUAUAUUAAUUCUUUUAUUCCAUUAAUAUUAGACUCAGAAUAUACUUCAAAUCCAGUUGUUUAUCCAUUUAUUAUGGAAUUUAUGGGUGUUGUUGGUUCUUCAAUAGAAUUUAGAUUAGUUAUGUCAUUGGUAUCUUCUAAUUUUAAGAACAAGAAAUUACAAAAUGAUACUUCUCUUGCAGCUUUGUUUGGAUUAUUAUCAAAGAGCUUAAAUGAAAACCAAACGUCUAUUUCUCAAAUGAGAAUUAAAUUAUAUCAAUUCUUAUUUGAAGCAUUAAAAACAAUACCAAAGAUUUCUAGUCCAUUAAAUAUGAAACAUUGUAAUGAUGAAUUAAUUGGAGUAUUUAAUUCAUUGGUAUUAAAAUUAUCAGAUGAUACAUUUAAACCAUUCUUCUUGAAAUGUGCAGAAGGAUUUAAUGAAGUAGUUGGAAUAAGUGAAAUACCUUCAAUUUACAUAUAUACAAAGAUUAUCUUAUCAUUCUCAAAAACAUUAAAAUCCUUAUUUGUUCCAUACUAUGCUUUUGUUCUUAAAAGUAUAUUAAGUAUUUUAAAUCAAUUGCCUUUAAGUCUUGCAAAUGCCCUUGUUCCAGAAAGAUCAACAUUAGGUAAACGUUCAGCAAAUAAUAUCAAAAAAGGAGAUAAUGCUAUUGUACUAUUAGACUCUAUUUAUUUAAAUAUUGAAUUAUUACAAACAUUAUUCCAAAAUGAUAAUUCUAACUUUGUUGAUUCUCAAAAAGUUGAACAAUUGUUACCAACAGUUAAUUUGAUUGAUCUAAUGCAUAACUGUUAUAAAGAAGAAGAUGAUUACUUUGAUUUUAUUACUAAAAGGUUGUCUCCUUGUUUAUGUCAAUUUGCAUUAUGUGUACCUAACCAGGUUUGUUGGAAACCUUUGAACCAUCAAUUAUUAAUUCAAACUCAACACACUGAUUCAAUUGUCCGUUUAGCAGCACUACAUUGUAUGAUUCAUUUGUGGGAUACUAUUGCUGCUGACAUUGUUUACUUACUCCCAGAAACUCUUCCAUAUCUCACAGAUCUUAUGGAAGACACUAAUCAAGAAGUUGUUGAAGCAGCAAAAGAAUUUGCUCAAAUAGUUCAGAAACACUUAGGAGCUGAUUCUUUACAGAAGUAUUUGAAUUAA